CGGAGGCGGGACACACCCACCGCGACGGGAGCGGCGGGGAUCGGCUCGGCUCGGCCCGGGAUAUGGCGUGUGUGGAGCGGGAUGUGGGGCCGCUCCCGGGCCUAGGCCUAGCGGACGGCGACGCUCGGGACCCGGAGCGGACCUUCGGGGUUCUGCGGCUCCAGGAGGAGCGGGGACCGGCGGCGGAGGCCGGCUGGCAGGGCUCGAGCGUCGGCUUGGUCCGCAGCAGGUCGGAGACCCCCUCGGCACCGGCGCCCGACUGCGACCUGCCGCCCUCUGAGAGCGGCAGCGUGCCGAGGGACCCGAUGGCCAUUGAACGAGCAAACCUGCUGAACAUGGCAAACCUAAGUAUCAAAGGACUGAUUGAAUCGGCCCUGAGCUUUGGGCGGACUCUCGACUCGGAUUACGCCCCACUACAGCAGUUCUUCAUUGUGAUGGAACAUUGCCUCAAACACGGACUAAAAGUGAAGAAGUCUUUCCUUGGCCACAACAAGUCACUGUGGGGCCCCUUAGAACUUGUGGAGAAAUUAUGUCCUGAAGUUGUGGAGAUUGCAACAAGUGUCCGGGACCUGCCUGGGUUAAAGACCCCUCUGGGACGAGCUCGUGCCUGGUUAAGGCUUGCCAUGAUGCAGAAGAAGCUGGCGGAUUACCUGCGGUGCAUGGUUAUUCGGAAAGACCUUUUCAGUGAUUUUUAUGAGGAACAUGCAGUGAUGAUGGAAGAGGAAGGAACGGUGAUUGUUGGACUUUUGGUUGGACUUAAUGUGAUUGACGCUAACCUCUGUGUCAAGGGAGAAGACCUAGAUUCCAUGGUUGGAGUCAUUGACUUCUCCUUGUACCUAAAGGGCGAUAACGACAACAGUGGAUGCUUUGAAAGUGAUGGACAGAUUGCUGCAAUCCUGGAUCAGAAGAACUACGUGGAAGAGCUCAAUCGACAAUUGACUUCAACAGUCGGUAGCCUGCAGGGCAGAGUUACAUCACUUGAGACUGCAAAUUCUAAACUCAUUGAAGAGUUAGCAAUCGCUAAGAACAGCAUCAUUCGGUUGCAAGAAGAAAACCUCCAGUUUCGUAAUGAAAAUGUUCAAAUGUUAAUAACAACGCAAAAACAUCUGGAGUUGGAGAAACAGAACAUGUCCGAGGAGCUGGAGACCUGCAAGGGUUGUCAUCAGGGGCUGGAUGAUGUGUAUAAUGAGGCUCACAGACAGCUGAGAGCAGAAUCGCGCAUGCGUCAGGACGUGGAGAGUGACCUGUUGGUACAGAUCAGCAUGAAGCAGGAAAUAGAAAUAGCAAUGAAGCUGCUGGAAAAAGACAUUCAUGAGAAGCAGGAUGCACUAAUUAGUCUUCGGCACCAGCUUGAUGAAGUGAAGGCCAUUAAUAUGGAGAUGUUUAAGAAACUCCAGGGUUCUGAAGAUGGUUUGAAGCAGAAAAGUGAAAUGAUGAGUCAGCUGGAAGAGAAGACCAACCAAGUCACAGCUGCAAUGAAGAGGAUGGAGCAAAGUGACAAAGAUUUAUUAGACCAAACGCGAACUAUCAUAAUCUCCUGUUUGAAGUGCAUUGGUAGAGAGAGUAACAUAUAGAAUUGCUUUUGUAACCAGAUGCCUAGUAGCAAACUAAAGGUGUAACUUUAAAUUAUAUUCGGAAGAGGUGCGUAAAUGCCCAAAAGGACAGAAUAACCAGCCAAAUUUUCCUUCAAAUACUCUAUCCGUCUUUCCUCUUUUGUCUCUCUCCCCCUCUCUCUCACACUGUCUUUUCCCUCACUCUUGCCUUUUUUCACGCUCUCUCCUGCCUCUCUCUUUCCUGCCUCUUUCUCUCUCUCCUCCCCUCUUUCUCUCUUCUUUCUUUCGCUCUCAUGCCACUUCUGUCUCUCCUUUCUGACAACUCCAGCUAUUGUCCUUUGAAAAAGUACUAUUGAAUUGCCUUUUUAAGUCACUACAUCCAUACAGCAAAUGUGCUGCCACAUCGUUAGAAAUCCAAUGAUAACAAUGAAAUACUGAUACAUUAUCAAAUCAGGAUGUAAUGUGAACUGAUUGGGAACCUGGAAGUGACUCUGUUCCCAUGUGUCUGCUCCCCUUUUCCUUCCAUGUAGCAGAAUUCACAGAUUUGGGAUACUGUGGAAUAAACUUCAGCAGGUUGCAGCAAGUUAUGUAUUGUGCAUAAUCAAGCCAUGGUUUGCUGGUGUUGGAAGGAAUGACUGUUUAAGUGGUUGGAGAAGAUGCCAGUCAAGUGAACUGGGCGAUGCUGAGCUGCUUGAGAUUUGUAGGAGCUGUUUGGAAGUGGAGUGUAUUCUGUCAAUCCUGAUUUGUGCAUGUAGGUGUCUAAAGGUGAGUUGCUCAUCACAAGAUAUACAGCCUUUGAACUGCUCUGUAUUUCUCAGUCCAGCUAGGCUUCUGGUCAAUGGUGACACCCAGUCAGGGCAUUGGCAAAGGUACUGCUAUUGAAUAUUGUGUGUACAUCAGUUUAUUGGAGAUGCCAUUACCUGACUUUUGUGUGGUGUGAAGGUUACUGAAUGUUAUCUAGGUCAUGCUGAAGGCAGACAUGCACAGUGGGCUUUUUUGAGGAGUUAUGAAUGCACUUGAACAUUGUGUAUACAUUGGCAAACACCCCCACUUCUGAUCUUAGGGGAAGAAAGGUCAGUCAUAAAGCAUCUGAAGGAUGUUCAGUCUAGGAUGUUGCCCUGAGGAACUCGAAUCGGCAUGAGUUUUUCUCCAUGUGGUACCUUCUUCAGUAUCCACCUUUCUCCCCACUUUGUCUCCAUAUUCUCUCUCCUGUCUCCCUUCCUUCUUUCUCUUCUGUUUCCCCCAUCACCUAUCUCAACUUUUCCCUGCUGUCACUCUUACUUCACCCCCAUUCCCACUUGCCCUCUUCUGCACCUCCUCUUCCCCACCUUCACUUCCCACCUCCCCUUUGCCCCACCCUCAAACAAGAACAUAAAAAAUAGGAGCAGAAGUAGGCUAUUUUGUUCCUCCAGCAUUCUGAACCACUCAUCAAGAUCAUGGCUGAUCUGCCUCAGUUCCCUUUUCCUGCACUCUCUCAUAUAUCUAGUUUGUCUUACUAUCCAGAAACAUAAAUUUUUGCUUUGAGCCUCCACUGCCCUCUGUGAUAGAUAAUUGCAAAGAUUUACCACUCUGAGAAAAUACAUUUCUCCUUAUGCCAGCCCAAGUCAGCCUCCCCCUUAUCCUGAGACUGUGUCUCCUGCUUCUAGACUAUCUCAGCUAGGACAUCAUCCUCCCUACAUCUAGCAUGUCAAGCCUUGUAAGAAUUGUGUGCGUUUCAAUUGAUCUCAAUCUUCCAAAGAAGAAUAGUGGCCUCGUCUACCCAAUCCCUCCUCGAACGGCAAACAUGGGGAAUCUUCUCUGCACUCCUUAGGUAAGGAGCCCGAAACUGCACAAUACCCCAGGUGCCUUCUCAUUGAAGCCCUAUACAAUUCCAACAAGCCUUCCUUGCACCAGUAUUCAAAUCCGCUCGCAUUAAAUGCUAGCACACCAUUUGCCUUCCUAAUUAUUUCCUGCACCUGCAUGUUGGCUUUCAGUGACUUGUAUGCAAAUACAACUAGCUCCCAACAUUACCUGCAUUUAUUUAAAAAGGGGUGCAAGGACAAGCUAGGAAACAACAGACCGGUGAGCCUAACAUGAGUGGUGGGAAAGUACUGGAUUCUGAAAGACAGCACCUAUCUGCAUUUGGAAAGAUGAGGACUGAAUAUGGAUAGUCAGUGUGUCUUUGUGCAUGGGAAAUCAUGUCUCACAAAUCUAACGAGAGCAAGGCAGUUGACGUUGUUUAGCAAGGCUUUUUAACAAGAUCCCACCAGGUAGGGUGCUCGGGAAGGUUAGAUCACAUGGAUCCAGGGUGAACUAGCCAAUUGGAUACAAAAUUGGCUUGGUGUUAGGAGUCAUAGAACGUAGACCAUGACUUCCCCUGCACAAAGCCAUGAUGAUUAUUCCUAAUAAGUCCAUGCUUUUCCAGAUACUAUCCCUACCUAACCUUCUCAAAUAAUUUCCAAGGUUGGUAGUAGAGGGUUGUUUUUCAGAUCGGAGGCCUGUGACCAGUUGUGCACUGCAAGUAUCGGUGCUGGGUCCAUGUUGUUAGUAAUUCAUAUUAAUGAUUUGGAUGAGAACGUAGGUAGCAUGAUCAGUAAGUUUGUGGAAAAUUGGUGGUGUAGUGGACAGUGAAGAAGGUUGUUUAAGGUUACAACAGGACUUGGAUCAACUGGGAAAGUGGGAAAAGGAAUGGCAGAUGAAAUUUAACUCAGACAAGUGUGAAGUGAUGCAUUUUGGGAAGUCAAACUAGGGCAGGACAUACACAGUGAAUGAUAAGGCCCUGGGGAGUGUUGUAGAACAGAGAGACCUGGAGGUACAAUACAUAGUUCCCUGUAAGUGGUGACACAGGUAGACAAGGUGGUGAAGAAGGCAUAUGGCAUGUUUGGCUUCAUCGGACAGGGCAAUGAGUGCAAGAGGUGGGACAUUGUAUCUCAGCUGUACAAGAUGAUGGUGAGGAAUAUUGUGUGCAGUUCUGGUCACUGUACUGUAAGAAGGAUGUGAUUAAGCUGGAGAAGGUGCAGAAAAGAUUCACGGAUGUUGCCAGGACUGGGGGGGCCUGAGUCACAGGGCCUGAUUCUGUGCUGUAUUACUCUGUGACUCUAUGACCCAUUUAAAAGAAAAACGUUUUUCUGUUUUGUGUACCAAAGUUGUUGACCUCACAUUUUCACACAAUACUGUAUAUUUUCUGUGUUCUUGUCCACUAACUUAAUUUGUCUAUAUUCCCUUGACGCCUCUCUACAUCCUUCUCCCUACUGUGAAUAGCUAGUACUGAUUCCUGCACUACCUCUCCAGUCUCCUGCUACCCUGAGAAGGGCCCUUUUGUUCCCCAGUCUCCUUCCCACCUCACUCCUGCCUCCCCUCACCUGGUCUCCCUUUCUUCUCCCACCUUCCCCUUGAGCGUCUCCCCUCUGUCAUUUGUUUGUAUUUUUCUCUCAUGCAUGGAAACAGAUCCUUUGGCCCAACUUGUCCAUGCCAACCAUACUGCCCACCAAGCUAGUCCCAUUUGCCCGUGUUUGGCCCAUAUCCCUCUAAACCCCUCCAAAUCUCUUUUAGAUGCAUCUUUUUCCAAUUCUCUCUGCCCCACCGUUACAUAGCUACACUGUGCUUGAGCUUCUAUUCCAUGAGUAAGUGCACCGUACCUUAGUAGAAAUAGGUAGAAAGAGGGAUGAGGUCCUGCAGAGCGAGUUUAGCAAGCUAGGCAGAAGGCUGAAGAACAGGACCUCAAGGGUAGCGAUCUCAGGAUUGCUGUCAGUGCCACGUCAUAGUGAAGGUAAGAAUAGGAGGAGAUGGCAGAUGAAUGCGUGACUGAGGAGUUGGUGCAGGGGGCAAGGCUUUAGAUUUUUGGAUCAUUGGGAUCUCUUCUGGGGAAUGUGGGACCUAUACAGAAUGAAUGAGUUAUACCUGAACCUGAGGGGGACCAAUAUCCUUGCAGGCAGGUUUGCUAGUGUAGUUCGGGAGGGUUUAAACUAGUUUGCAAGGGGGAUGGGAACCACAGGGGUCGGUCAGUGGAAGAAGUAAAGUCAGAUCUAACAUAUAGAGAGGCUUUGAAGAAGGAGAAGCAGAGUAUAGGGUAUAAAAGUAGAUAGGUGGAUGGGCUAAAGUGCAUUUACUUAAAUGCAAGAAGUAUCAGGAAUAGGAGUGAUGAACUAACACCUUGGAUAAAUACGUGGAACUACGAUAUUGUGGCUGUUGCAGAGACUUGGCUGUCACCAGGGCAGGAAUGGAUACUGAAUAUUCCUGGAUUUCAGUGUUUUAAAAGGGAUAGGGAGGAGGGGUGGGAUUACUGGUCAGGGAUACUAAUACAGAUGCAGAAAGGGUAGAUAAUGUAGAAGGAUCCUCUCUAGAGUCAGUAUGGGUGGAAGUUAGGAACAAGAAAGGAGCAGUUACUCUACUGGGAGUAUUCUAUAGGCCCCCCAGUAGCAGCAAGGAUACUGAGGAGCAGAUUGGAAGGCAGAUUUUGGAAAGGUGCAAGAAUAACAGGGUUGUUAUCAUGGGAGACUUCAGCUUCCCAAAUAUUGAUUGCUACCUGCUUAGUACCAAAGGUUUAGACGGGGCAGAGUUUGUAAAUUGUGUUCAGGACGGAUUCUUGUCACAGUAUGUUGACAGGCCAACUAAGGGGAAUGCCAUAUUAGGUGUAGUAUUAAGUAAUGAACGGGGUCAGGUGACAGAUCUCUCAGUGGGUGAGCAUUUGGGGGACAGUGACCACCGUUCCCUAAACUUUAGCAUUGUCAUGGGCAAGGAUAGGAGCAAAGAGGAAAGGAAGAUAUUUAAUUGAGGAAGGGCAAAUUAUGAGGCUAUAAGGCUAGAACUUGCGAGUGUGAAUUGGGCUGACAUUUUUGAAGGGAAAUGUACUAUGGAGAUGUGGUCGUUGUUCAGGGAUCUCUUGCAGGAUGUUAGGGAUAAAUUUGUCCUGGUGAGGCAGAGAAGGAACCAUGGGUGACAAGAGAGGUGGAACUAGUUAGGAAGAAGAAGGCAGCAUACAUAAGGUUUAGGAAGCAAGGAUCAGAUAGGCCUCUUGAGGAAUAUAAGGUAGCGAGGAAGGAACUUGAGAAGGAGCUGAGGAGAACAAGAAGGGGACAUGAAAAGGCCUUGGCGAGUAGGGUUAAGGAAAAUCCCAAGGCGUUUUUCAGUUAUGUGAAGAGCAGAAGGAUGGCGAGAGUAAAGGUAGGACCGAUUAGAGACAAAGGUGGGAAGACGUGCCUGGAAGCUGUGGAAGUGGGUGAGGUCCUCAAUGAGAGGGGCCUGGAUGAUGCCGAGGACAGUGCUGGUAAGGUUAAUGUUCUAGAGCAUGUAGAUGUCAAGAGGGAGGAUGUGUUAGAGCUGUUAGAAAGUAUUAGGACAGAUGAGUCCCCAGGGUGUGACAGAAUAUUCCCCAGUCUGCUCCGUGAGGCGAGGGAGGAGAUUGCUGAACCGUUGGCUAGGAUUGAGUCCUCGUUGUCCAUGGGAAUGGUACUGGAGGAUUGGAGGGUGGCAAAUGUUGUCCCCUUCUUCAAAAAAAGGUAGUUGGGAUAUUCCAGGGAAUUAUAGACCAGUGAGCCUUAUGUCUGUGGUGGGCAAGCUGUUGGAAAAGAUUCUUAGAGAUAGGAUCUAUGGACAUUUAGAGAAUCAUGGUCUGAUCAGGGACAGCUAACGUGGCUUUGUGAAAGGCAGAUAAUGUCUCACAAGCCUGAUAGGGUUCUUUGAGGAGGUGACCAGGAAGAUUUUAGUAAGGCAUUUGACAAGGUUCCACAUGGUAGGCUUCUUCAGGGAGGCUUGGCCUUGUGGAUUCAAAAUUGGCUUGCCUGUAGAAAGCAGAGGGUUGUGGUGGAGGGAGUGCAUUCAGAUUGGAGGGCUGUUACUAGCAGUGUCCCACAAGGAUGGGUUCUGGGACCUCUGCUUUUCGUGAUUUUUAUUAAUGACUUGGAUGAGGGGGGUAGAAGGGUGUGUUGGCAAGUUUGCAGACGAUACAAAGGUUGGUGGUGGUGUGGAUAGUGUAGAGGACUGUCGAAGAUUGCAGAGAGACAUUGAUAGGAUGCAGAGCUGGGCUGAGAAGUGGCAGAUGGAGUUCAAUCUGGAGAAGUGUGAGGUGGUACACUUUGGAAGGACAAACUCCAAGGCGGAGUACAAAUUUAAUGGCAGGAUUCUGGGUAGUGUGGAGGAGCAGAGGGAUCUAGGGGUUCAUAUCCAUAGAUCCCUGGAAGUUGCCUCACAGGUGGAUAGGGUAGUUAAAAAAGCUUAUGGGAUGUUAGCUUUCAUAAGUCAUGGGAUCGAGUUUAAGAGCCGUGAGGUAAUGAUGCAGCUCUACAAAACUCUGGUUAGACCACACUUAGAGUACUGUGUCCAGUUCUGGUCGCCUCAUUAUAGGAAGGAUGUGGAAGUGUUGGAAAGGGUGCAGAGGAGAUUUACCAGGAUGCUACCUGGAUUAUGAGGAGAGACUUAGGGCUUUACUCUUUGGAAAGAAGGAGGAUGAGAGGAGACAUGAUAGAGGUAUACAAAAUAUUAAGAAGAGUAGAUAGACAGGCAGUGCCUCUUUCCCAGGGCACCAGUGCUCAAUACAAGAGGGCAUGGCUUUAAAGUAAUGGGUGGGAAGUUCAAGGGAGAUAUCAGAGGGAGGUUUUUUACCCAGAGAGUGGGUAGGGCAUGGAAUGCACUUCCUGGGGCGUUGGUGGAGGAAGGUACAUUGGUCAAAUUCAAGAGAUUGUUAGAUAAGCAUAUGGAGGAAUUUAAAAUAGAGGGAUAUGUGGGGGGAAGGGGUUAGAUGGUCUUAGGCAAGGUUUAAAGGUCAGCACAACAUUGUGGGCCGAAGGGCCUGUUUUGAGCUGUACUUUCUAUGGUUCUAUGGAUUGGUACCUGUAUCUCCAGAAAGCAUUGGGCACUCUAGGGAAAAGGGAGAUGAUGGGACAGAUUGAAGGCUGCCAACUUGAAGUGAGUCAUGCAGAACAGGACCACAUAAUGUUUUGUCAGGAUGAAUAGGAUUUUCAUACUAUCUCUAAUCCAUGGUUUAAUAUUUUUGACAAAUGUCAACCGUCCAACGUGAAUAAAUUCAGGACUGUGGGCAUUCCUGUAAUAUUUACAAUAAUGUGCAGGAAGCUCUGAUAGGGAAACCAAAAAACUGUAGAUGCUGGAAAUAUAAAAUAAAAACAGAAAAUGCUGGAAAUACUCAGCAGGUCAGGCUGCAUCUGUGGAAAGACGAACACAUUUAAUGUUUCAGGUCAAAGCCCUUCAUCAGAACUGGGAAGGAAACAAAAGCUUGUUAAGCUGCAGGGAGUGUGGGGGAUGGGGAUGUUUCUAGUAGGGUAAAACCACGGUAACCACGGGGAUAAGCUGUUUGUAAGAUAAGAUUUCUUUACUGGUCACAUGUACAUUGAAACGUACAGUGAAAUGCAUCUUUUGCGUAGAGUGUUCUGGGGGCAGCCCGCAAGUGUCGCCACGCUUCUGGUGCCAACAUAGCAUGCCCACAGCUUCCUAACCUGUACGUCUUUGGAAUGUGAAAGGAAACCCACGCAGACAUGGGGAGAACGUACAAACUCCUUACAGACAGUGGCCAGAAUUGAACACCGGUCGUUGGCGCUGAAGUGGCAUUAUGCUAACCGCUACACUACCAUGCCUUCUAAGAAAUGAUUGGAUGAAAAUGUAAAUGUGCUGAUUAGCAAGAUUGCAGACACAACAUAAUUACAGAUAGUGAAGGCAGUUAUCGAAUGACACAGCAGGAUGUAUAUCAGUUGGAGAUGUGGGCAGAGAAAUGGCAGAUGGAGUUUCAUCUGGACAAGUGUGAGGUGUUGCACUGAGAGGCCAGCUGAAGAGGAAAGUAUAUUGUUAACGGCAGGACCCUUAGGAGCAUGGCUGGAUCUUGGGAUGCAAAUCCAUAGCUCACUGAAAGUGGCAACACAAGUAGAUAGGGUGGUAAAGAAAGGCAUACGCCAUGCUUACCUUUAUUGGUCAGUGUGUAGAGUAUAAAAGUAGGGAAGUUGUGUUGGGGCGGCAUAAAACUUUGGUUAGGGGACAUUUGGAGAGUUGUUGCAGUUCUGGUUGCUGCAUUAUAAGAUAAGAUUUCUUUAUUGGUCACGUGUACAUCAAAACACAGUGAAAUGCAUCUUUUGCGUAGAGUGUUCUGAGGGCAGCCCGCAAGUGUCGCCACGCUUCCGGCACCAACGUAGCAUACAUUAGAGGAAGGAUGUGGAGGCUAUGGACAGGGUGCAGAAGAAGUUCAUCAGGAUGUUGCCUGGAUUAGAAAGUAUUGGCUAUAACGAGAGGUUGGACAAACUUGGAUUGUUUUCUCUGGAGUGGCGGAGGCUGAGGGGUGACCUGAUAGAUUGGCCAGAUAGUCAGACUCCUUUUCUGAGGGGAAAAAAAUGUCAAAUUCUAGAGGGCAUUGCUUAAAUUUAAAGAAGAUAUUUGAGGCUUUUUUUUACACAGUGAGGUAGGUGCCUGGAACACACUGCCGAGGUGGGGGAUGGUGGAGGGAGAUACAGUGGUGGUCUUUAAGAGGCAUUUAAUUAGGCACUUGAACAUACAGGGAAUGGAGGGAUACGCAUCAUAUGCAGGCAGGUAGGAUUAGUUGAAUUUGGCACCAUAGUCUGCACAGACAUUGUGGGCCAAAGGGCCUGUUUCUGUGCUGUACUGUUCUAUGUUCUUAAGAUAAUUUGGUCAGAGUGAAUUGGAGCAGUUGGACAGUGAGAACAUUGACAAAAGAACGUAGCAGUUGGAAAUGCAGAGCAGGAAAACAU